ACGGGUUACAAGCGCCCCCAAGCCCGAAGCCCGACACCCAAGGACUUGCAACUUGAGCCACCACUACUGCACUCCGAGUUAGGGACAAACUCUCUCCACUGCAACUUGUUGACUUGUGACUUUUGGCUGUACAGUCCACAACUACUGGCUCUGGCAGGAGUUCGCGCCGCCGUUGAACUUGCGUGCAAACAUCACUGCGACACUCCUACUAACGUCCAGAUUUACAUACCUACCUCCCUGUCACCAGCGUGCACUGGCCUUCUCUAACUGAACUCCAGUACAUGUUGGAUCAUUUCUUUGUUGCACUGGGCCUUUAAUUGCUUUGUAUACACCCGUCUUUUGCUCGCCUCUGACGCCCGUGUACAUUACCCUCUCCUUUGAUCAGCUGGACGGUCCGGAACACUUUUCACCAUUCUCGUUCGACGCACGCUGGUCCGCCCGUUUGUCUUUAUUGUUCGCAGGAAACCCAUCAAUCCUAAACCACGUGCCCGUCACUCUCUCUCCUGCCGAACCUCGGGGUGUCUAUCAUCGCAGGCACUAUGCAAGGAUAAACAAGAAUAAACGCUUGUCGGACAAACAGACGUCACGGCCGCGGCAGGGCUGGUCACGGGAAAGCGCAGGUCUCAAGAGACGGGCAACCCCUUCCGGGGAUUUGGACGACACACAUGAUUCCUGUUGCCUCUGUUGAGCAGGAGCAGCAGCGGUAGCACGAAGACAUGCCCCCAAUGACCCAAACGGACAAGACAACUAGACAGUCUUCUGCCAGCAAAGGAUUCUUUCGACGCCAUCGAGAUAACAAGGGGGACAGUCGUUACGAAGGGAGCGGCGGUUCCGACUCGAACAAUACCAAUGGCUCCUGGGGUUCGCGACACUCAAAGAGGGAAUCGGUCGCUUCCAACGAUGGCCAGGAUGGGGAUUCCUCGGGUCUUGCCAUGACCGCGGGUGUCAUCACCUCAAUACCGUAUUCAGCGACGGCGGAUUCACAGGCACCAAUAUCAGUCGACUUUCUACCGCGCGAAGACCAGGUGCCGACCAAGAAAGAGCCUCAGCCCCAUCAACUGGCCCGGGGCUCCGAUUUCCAUCAGUACCCUGCCUUCAACGGCGCUCCGAAUGGCGCAUCUCACCCGACCGGGCCACGUCCCCCUCCGCACGGCUCCGUUGCAGCCAAUGGAGUCACGAUGGCGACAAGCCAGGGAGGCGAUCGUGGGACGAAAUACCAACAAUGGGGCAGACCGGGGAGUAGCAAUGGUCCCCAACACAGCAAUUAUGAUUCUGUCUCGACCAGCGACUCCUAUGGAGGACAUAGGGGUUCCUUUGAUGCAGCCAGCAUUAGGUCGACUGCGUCUUCCGCCACAAGGGGUUCCAGCCUCUUUUCCUCGGACAGCUCUUCCAGGACGGCGGUUCCAUCACGCCAAGAUUCCGAGUCCCCCAUGACUGUAAUAUCUCCCACGCACUCAAGGCUCUUGAAACUCAGCAGUUCUCAUGGCAGUUCUCAUGGCGGUUGGCCGGCCCAGCAGACGUCCCCGUUUAGUUCAACCACUUCCUUUACUCCGGCUGGGUUCUACCUCCCCAAACCGCAGAGUGAUGCCGAGAUUGAGAAGCUGUUUCUGCAACUCAUGCACAAACGGGGCUGGCAAAACCUACCGGAGCAAGCCAGGAGGCAGAUGAUGGCAUAUGCUCCGGCCAAGAAAUGGACCUUGGUUCAUCAAGACAAGUUGACCGAGUGGCAGGGCGAGCAGAAGAGAAGACAACAAGCCAGACAGACCGGCACCAUCGAUGGAGCGACUGUCCGGGAUGUGGAUGGCACCCCUGAAUGGUACGUCAAGAGGAUUGUCGACAACAGCAUCACCUCGAAACAGCUGCAGAGUUUAAGCGUCAGCUUGCGAACCCAACCGAUCAGCUGGGUCAAGGCUUUCAUCGAGGCACAGGGACAGAUUGCGUUGACCAAUGUUUUGAUGAAAAUCAAUCGACGUCAGGCCAGCGGACCUACCCCAAUGACCAAUGCCACUUCGGCGGAAAAGGACCUUGACCGGGAAUAUGAUAUUGUAAAAUGUCUCAAGGCGUUGAUGAACAACAAAUACGGCGCCGACGAUGCCUUGACACACGAGCAAAUUCCGGUGGCCUUAGCAACUUGCCUGAUAUCCCCGCGUCUGACCACGAGGAAGCUGGUGAGCGAGGUGUUGACCUUUUUGUGUCAUUGGGAUGAAGGUCAGGGGCAUCUCAAAGUGCUUCAAGCGAUGGACCAGGUCAAGAAUAUGAUCAAUGAAACUGGCCGCUUUGACGCCUGGAUGCGCAUUGUUGAAGUCACAAUCGACGGCCGGGGCAAAAUGGGCAGCCUUGUGGGAGCCAGCGAAGAAGUCCGGAGUGGUGGCAUAGGCAUGGAGAACCUUUUGAUGGAAUAUGCCGUGGCCACGCUGGUACUGAUCAACAUGCUGGUCGAUGCCCCGGAAGGGGACUUACAGCUACGGUGCCAUAUCCGGGCUCAGUUCAUCGCCUGUGGAAUCAAACGGAUCCUGGUGAAGAUGGAGUCCUUUCAGUACGAUGUCAUUGACAAACAAAUUGCGAAAUUCCGCGAGAAUGAAGCCAUCGAUUACGAGGAUCUCCUACAACGGGAAGGAAGUAGCAUGGUGGACAGCAUCGAGGGCGAAGUCAAGGAUAUGACGGAUCCUCUGCAAAUCACCGACGCAAUUAUGUCGAAGAUCCAGGGCACUCGAACUCAGGACUAUUUCACAUCAGCCAUGCAGCAUAUGCUGAUUUUACGAGAUAACAACCCAGAGGAGCGGUUGAGGAUGUUCCAGCUCAUGGAUGCGAUGCUCAGCUAUGUUGCAAUGGACAGGAGGCUGCCAGACAUGGAUCUCAAGCAGAGCCUGAACUUCACGGUGCAGAGCCUCUUGGAUAGGUUGCAUACAGAUGAAGAAUCCCGGAUCGCAUUCGCUGAAGCCACGGAAUCUAGGCAGAUCGCUGAAGCGGCCCUUGCUGAGCGAGAUGAAAUGGCGGCUCAGAUCGCUAUGGGAGCCGAUGGGUUGGUCAAGAAGCUGCAGAAGCAGAUAGAGGAACAACAAGGCAUCAUUGAGAUGCAGGCCAGACAAGCCGAGUCUCUGAAAUCUGAAGUCGCCGAGCUUCAGCGACUACGCGCUCAGGAGUUGCAGAGGAACGAGUUGGAGACCAGGGAGCUGUAUCUCAUGCUCCGGGAUGCCCAAGAUGUUGCGGCUUCACGAGCUGCCAGGGAAGGAACCCCCGGUCAAGAUCCGGCUCGGAUGCAAGGCAUCUUGGACAGAGAAAAGUUGAUGGAGCGCCUUGAGCGAAAUCUUGAGCGAACUAAGACGCAGUUCAAGCUCGAAGGGAAGGUCUGGGGACAAGGACAAACCGGUCCAUCAGAUCGUCUCAGAGAGCUUCGGGAAAAGAUGGACGACGCACUCGAUGCAGACUUCCAGGAAAAGACGCAACGACAUCUUACCACUAGCGUCAUGGGAAGCGUUCGUCGAAGCAACGCCCAGAAAGGACCCCGGAGAGCCGCUCUGGAAGCUUUGGCGAUUAGUGAGGAAGCCGACCACGACACGGACGUCGAGGACGAGGUCGUUAUCGAAAAGCCACGUUUGGUCGAGUAUUCCCGACCCAAGAUCAGUGCUGAACAGCAAGCAAAUCUCAUGGGCGAGCUUACCUCGAAGGUCAAGAAGUCGGGCGGCGAUGGCGAUGAUGCCACUCCAGAGGGCGAUGAUGACGCUGGCGUUACCACGGGCCCUACCCAUCCCAGCCUUGAACUGGACUCUCCCAAGACACCUUCAGAUGGAGCACAACCCGAACCAAAGUUCGAUGGACCUCCUCCUCCCCCUCCACCACCACCACCUCCUCUCCCCACCGAUUCCUCGAAGACCCCGCUUAUACCGGGAUUCGAAGCUGGAGCUCCUCCUCCGCCACCUCCGCCACCGCCGCCCCCAGGAGGGAUGUCCCUUUCCCCGGCUACGCCAUUAGUCCCCGGCUUCAACGGAGGACCGCCGCCGCCGCCACCACCUCCUCCACCACCAGGAUCGCUGCCCAUGAGUCCCAUAUCACCCAUACCUCCCCCUCCGCCUCCUCCAGGUGCGCCUCCGCUACCAGGUGCGCAGCAUGGACACUUCCUGCCACAAUCACCGGUGACGGCUGUACCCAUUCUCAAAAACCCUGUGAUGCGUCCCAAGAAGAAACUCAAGGCCUUCCAUUGGGACAAGGUUGACACACCUCAAGUCACCGUUUGGGCGGAGACUGCCAAGGCCGAGUCGCGAGAAGAGAAGUAUCGCGAGUUGCAGCGGAAGGGUGUCCUUGACGAGGUAGAGAAGCUCUUCAUUGCAAAGGACACCCGGAUAAUCGGAGCUGGCACCGGCAAGGGCAAGGAGGACAAGAAGCAGAUCAUCAGCAACGACAUGAGGAAGAACUUCCACGUGUCCAUGGCCAAAUUCAAGAAUGACCCGGCUGAUGUGGUGGUACGAAAGAUCAUCCAUUGUGACAAGGCGGUGCUUGAGAACAACGUGGUCAUGGACUUUUUACAGAGAGAAGAUCUCUGUAAUAUACCGGAAAACAUUGCCAAGUUGAUGGCGCCGUACAGCAUAGACUGGACCGGACCGGAUGCCAUGAAUUCGAAGCGGGAACAAGACCCGUCCGAGCUUACAAGGGAAGACCAGAUUUACCUGCAAACUGCUUUUGAAUUGCAUCAUUACUGGAAAGCGAGAAUGCGAGCCCUUGCUCUCACCAGGACGUAUGAGCAUGACUAUGAUGAGAUUUCCGGGAAGCUCAAGGAGAUCGUCAACGUGUCGGAGGCUAUCCGCGACUCCACAUCGUUGAUGAGCGUACUGGCCCUCAUUCUCGACAUUGGCAAUUACAUGAACGACUCGAACAAGCAAGCAUCGGGCUUCAAGCUGAGUUCACUGGCACGCCUUGGUAUGGUCAAAGAUGACAAGAAUGAAACCACCUUUGCGGAUCUGAUUGAGCGAAUUGUCCGCAACCAGUAUUCUCAAUGGGAAGUCUUUGUAGAGGACAUCCAAGGGGUCGUGGCGGUGGCGAAACUGAAUGUGGACCAACUGCUACAAGAUGCGAAAAGGUAUAUUGACAACAUCAAGAACGUCCAGGCUUCCUUAGACGCGGGCAACUUGAGUGAUCCUAAGAAGUUCCACCCUCAAGAUCGUGUGGCUCAAGUUGUCCAAAGAUCGAUGAAGGAUGCACGGCGGAAAGCAGAACAACUACAACUCUUCCUGGAAGAGACAUCAAGGACCUACGAUGAUAUAAUGACCUACUUUGGCGAAGAUAACCAGGAUGAGAGUGCGAGACGGGAGUUUUUCAGCAAACUAGCCGGGUUCGUGACGGAAUGGAAGAAAUCUCGGGAGAAGAACAUGGCGCUGGAGGAGAAGAAACGGCGCCUCGAAGCAAGCAUGGCCCGAAAGAGAGCCCAAGCAGGCGCCAAUACCAGUGGCGGAACCAGCGGUGCCGAGACCCCGGGCAGUCCGCCAGCCAAUGGUGCCAUGGAGUCGCUGCUUGAGAAGUUACGUGCUGCUGCACCACAGGUGAAAGACCAGCGGGACCGGAGACGACGUGCUCGAUUAAAAGAAAGGCAUGACCAAAGAAUUGCUAGUGGCCAGCAAAUGCCCGAUCUACCCCUCAAGGAUGAAGCCGACGAGAACCGUGGUCUAGGUAGCUCACAAGAAAAGUCCAACGAGGACAAUCUCGCUCCCGAAGAUGGCCCAAGCGGCAAAGGGGACGUCAGCGAAAGCGAAGACGUUGCCGACCGAGCUUUGAAAGCUCUCCAGGAAAUGAGAAGUGCUGCACCGUCCGGUGGUGAUGAAAUCGAUGUGCGAAGGCGAAGGGAAGGUGCAGAUGAAGAGCGGAAGAACAGGAGAAUGAGAAGACGAACGGCUCAGCAGAGCACCAGUACUGCGAGAGAUUCCGUGCAUGCCCAGCCGCCAACCGAGAGCAGGGUCGAAGAAGCUACCAGUGAGAACCCCUCUGCAGAUCCCACCGAUGCUGGUGAGGAUAAAGACGGAACACCGACAGAAGACAAACGUUCGUCCCAGGGAACUCUCAGCCCUACUACCACUCAACCUGUGCCAGCCAUUAUUAUCAGCUCGACGCCGGAUGAUGUUCCUACAGAAGAGGGUGACCCGACACAGAGCGUUGACGAGGUUGUUACCCAGGCCGUUGACGAGCCAGGCUCCUCUGCUUUGCCUGAACUGUGAUCUUGGAUCCGCUGUUCACUAGGAAUUUUAUUCUUGCCUUGAACCUACAGGGCAGUGUUUGUCUAUGGAACGCGGCGCUGUUUACGGGCGCAUAUCGGUUUUCUGUGUUCUUCUUCCCUUUUUACUGAAGAAGAAUCUCCCGCCUUGGUCAUUUCAGAGGAGGAAUGCCUAUGCGGCAGAGUGUGGCUUUGUCAGGGAGCUGGGGGCCGGCAAAAGGCACAGUUCCGGUAAUAAAUGGAUAAAGGGGAUGGAUGUACCAUACAUAUUUCAGGCUGUCGUCGGGUGGCUUGCAAGUGGCGUUCUUUGAUCGACUGAUAGGAGCCGGACGCGUGUGGAACAUGCGCCGUUUUCGUAAGCCACGAAAUACAAGCUCAAGACCGUACUUUUGGGGGGUGACGUGUGGAAGAGAUGAUUGAGUCUCAUGAGGUUGAUGCGAACACCCAAGCACUGCACACCUCUUUCGGCCUUGGGAAGAAGGUGGACUUUGGACUUUGGUAUUUUGUUUACCUACUGUACCUGGACCCCGACACUUUUAACAUUAAGCCUUACUCAAGGCACUCUUAGCUAGCUUGUUGAAUUCAUUCAUUUGUUCUUAUGCGGACA